UUGUUGUUUGUUAUAAAGUGUGCUAAUUAAGGAAUUAUACCGGAAAAUGAAAUAGAGAAUGGUAAUAUUCAUGUAAAAAGAUUGUUCCUUUACCAUUAGCGAGCAUGUAAAAGACUGUGAUUUAAUUUAAGCCAUGAAUAUUCAUAAAAUGUGGUAAUUUUUGGGAACGAAUAAGCGUUAUCCUAAGUUGACAUUCAUGUUAGAUGCUUCGAGUUGUCUGAAUGAGCUGUUUGAUUCAUGAUGUUGUGUUUAGAAAAGUUAGUUGUGAAAUGCGUAUUACCUGUUUGGGAAAAUGCCUGAAUGAGCUGUUUGAUUUUUAGUAGUGAAAUGCAUAGUCCUUUAUUUGCUUUCGUGGGUGAUUUAAUUCACCUUACUCCUUUGGAGGAGUAUAUUGCUGCUUUAUCUGAAAUAUUUAGUGAUGAUUCUGCUACUCCAUGUUCGAAUUGAAAUAAUUGAGGCAAACUUGAUCUGUUAGGAAAUACAAAUUUGCUUUUGAUAGAUUGUUAGCCCAAUGCAGUCUCACUAUUGACCAAGCCAUUUCCUAUUUCCUUGGAGGACUGCAUGAUGAAUUUAGUUAACUCUGUCAUGAUGUAUGAACCAUGAACCUUAACAAAACCUAUAGACUUGCUAGAUUGGCUAAGCUGCCCUAACUGUUUCUCACAGAUCUCCAAAGCCUUCCUCACUAAAUGUUCCUAUCCAACAAUUCAACAAAUUUUAGCCUACUAACCUGGCCUUGACCAAACCAUCCUCUUUCCACAUCAGUCACCCAUCCAAAGUGCUAAACGCCAUCCAUCCAUAUACCAUACAUCAACCUAGUUUUUAAAAUCUAGAAAAACCAUAUCACCAACUAUAUUACAGGCCAAAAGAGCUAAGGGUUUGUGUUACUUUAUGAUGGAAAUUAUACAUUUGGUAACAAGUUCAAUCUACCUAAUCAAUUAUUUGUCAUGGAUUUGGAGAACCUUGAUGAUAAACCUCUUAACGAGUCAUCACGUACAGUUGACACUAUUGUAUCUAUUGGAGAUUUGUCAGAAGUUGGUGUUGACAAUUUCUUAUCCCUCUUUGUGCCUUAAGUGGGUUGCAAGGUGGUCAAACUAUCCAUAUGGUGGGGUAUAACUGUAAAAGACCUUUACAAGUGUUGUUGGAUGGUGGUUGUACAUAUAAUUUUAUUGAUGCUGAAGCUGCUAAAAGUCUUGGUUAUAAGUAAAUCCUACUAAGGUUGGGUAUGUAAAUCUAAGCAAUAACUCCAAGCAUGAUACAUAGGGGAUGGUGAGGAAUUUUCAGUGGAUCCUACAAGGUACUACUUUUACGGAGCACGCACUUGUAUUUUCUAUGGGUAGACAUGAUGUGGUUCUUAGUGCUCUAUGGAUUAAGACAUUAGUUAUAUGGAUUUUAGUUCCCUAACUAUGUCAUGUUACUAUAAAGGGGAGCAUCACUUAUUGAGCGAGGCAUUUGAGGAAUAUACGCACUCUAGUACUAAGGCUGUGAAUAAGUAGAGCAAUGAAGGUGUUCAAAUGUUUAUGUUACAGAUUCAACUGACCGGUACUGAUGAGUAUUGUGACACUUUUAUGUUUUGCAGUUUAGUAGCACCAAUAUAGUUCCUCAUGUUAUUGAUAAGCUUCUUAUCGGUAUAGCAAAAUUUUCAAUAAUUCUGUGGCUUUACCUCCUAGAAGAGGACCUUUUGAUUAUAGAAUUACCUUGUAGCUUGGGACUAAAGCUAUCAACUUAAUACCUUUCAGGUAUUCUUUCAUGAAUAAGGAUAUUAUGGAAAAAUUGGUGAAAGAUAUGUUGGAUCAAGGUGUAAUUCACUACAGUAAAAACCCAUUUACCUCUCCAGUAGUACUUGUAGGCAAGAAGGAUGGUACUUGAAGGGUCUGUGUGGAUUAUAGGGAGUUGAACAAUGCUAUUAUGAAGCAUAAAUUUCCCAUUACCAUUAUUGAUGACCUCUUAGAUGAGCUAGAUAGUGUAUCUAUCUUUUUCAAAUUGAUCUUAGGUCUGUUUAUUACUAGAUUAGAAUGGUGCCUGAAGAUGUAUCUAAGAUUUCUGUGAGAACUCAUAUGGUACAUUAAGGAUACUUGGUUAUGCACUUUAGCUUAACCAAUGGCCCCUCCACUUUCCAGUGUCUUAUGAAUCACCAGUUCCAACCAUUCUUGAGGAAGUUUGCGUUGAUUUUUUUUGAUGAUAUUCUAAUUUGCAGUUUGUCCUUACAAUAUCAUGUAACCCAUUUGCAGUAAGUGUUUAAUGUGAUUGAGUAGCAUAGCUUAUUAUCUAAGAUAUCUAAAUGUGCCUUUGGUGUUGCUAAUGUUGAAUAUCUGGGCCAUUUCAUUUCCAAAGCUGGUGACACCAUAAAUCCUAAAAAGAUUACAGUUGUUCAGUCAUGGUAAGAGGGUUUCUUAGGUUAUUUUGCUACUGUAGGAAGUUUAUCCAAAGUUAUGGUCUUAUCAAUAGACCUCUCAUAAGCUUCUUAAAAAAUGAUAACUUUCAUUGCUCAGAAGAAGCUGAAAAUGUUUUUCCUACUCUAAAGUCAUCCCUCACUUUAGCUUUUGUUUUGACUCUUCCCAAUUAUGCUAUUCUCUUUGUUGUUAAAAUUGAUGCUAGUGACUCAGGCAUUGAUGCAGUUUUGUUGCAAUCAGGACAUCCAGCAGCCUUUAUUAGUAAGACUGAUAUUGCUUUACCGCUGGCUAAGUUGUCUUUGGAUUUAUUAAAACAAGUGGAGGGGCCAUCAAGUCCUGAGAGGAGGAAAAGGACAUAUGUAGUUCUUGUAUCAACAGGAAGUUUCAAUCCUCCAACUUAUAUGCACUUGCGUUGUUUUGAGUUGGCAAGAGAUGCAUUGACUUCAGAAGGAUUUUGUGUGAUUGGAGGUUACAUGUUACCAGUAAAUGAUGCAUAUAAGAAGAAGAGUCUUAUAUCUGCUGAGCAUCGUGUUGCAAUGUGUCAGUUAGCUUGUAAAAGCUCAGAAUUGGUUAUGACAGAUCCCUGGGAGUCUGGGACAAACAAAAUUACCUUCAUCCUGUCAAGAUUUUGCUUGAAAUUAUUUGUGCUGGCAAGUCAGGAUAGCUAUCAACGAACAUUGACAGUUCUUUCUAGAAUAAAAACUGCUGUCGGUGAUGGAAGUUUGGCAUCCACUGGUAAGAUCCAUAAUUGGCAUAAGUCAGUCUGUUGGAAUACUGUUGAUCGAAAUUCAGAUUAAUGGUCAAUGGUUACAUGAGAAACUUGCAAUCCUCCCGAAACCAGCUUUUUCUUUUUGAUAAAUGUUCUGUCGUUCCUACGGUUUUAGUGAAAGAAAAGAAAUUUACCCCUUCCAGCCCUCCCUGCCACACACACAGAAAAGGGAAAAAGGAGAAAACACACUACCUUAUUCCUUUUUUACAAGAGCCAUAUGUGUGAAAGUAUAAGCUUGCAGACAUCUUUAGCAUUCAUAUUUUAUGCCUCCAACUUAUCUAGCAUGUAAAAUGUUAGUAUAGGUUCAAUACGUGGUGUGCGAUUAUCAAACUCUACACGCCCAUUUUGCAAUUUCUCUGCACUCUGGCUUUACAUAGGAGUUGCAAUACGAUUAUCAAACUCUACACGCUCAUAUCUGGAGAUCUUCCUUGCCCAUGAGCUGGUGGGUUUCAUCUCCAAGUUCUUGCUCACAAUUUUUCCCCUGGGAUGGUGUUGGUAGUUGGUUUAAGCGAGGGAACAAAGAGUAAUGUAGCAGCAGGUUCAUUGGCAAUAGUUCAAAACCUUAGGGUAGCUGCAUGCUUAGUAUAUAUAUUUGGCUGUUACCAACUUACAGUUGAAGGUAAAGUAAGAAGAAACUAUUUUCCGAAGCAAGUGAUUUAGUGCACCAGGUGGUCACGGGUUCAAGUCUUGGAAACAGCCUCUGGCAGAAAUGCCAGCGGUAGCGGUAGCUUUAGUGCACCGGGCUGCCCUUUUUAAGUGAUUUAGUUGUUGAAGCCUAGCUUCUUCAUUGUCUAAAGCUCUGAGCGAUUAGUUAGUAGAUCACUGUGCAGUUCAUUUCUCUUGUGGAUGUAGCUUUAUUGUGUAUUGAUCUGUACUUUCUCAGCUUCAAAUUGAAUUUCAUGUUCUCCAUUCGAUUCUUUUGAUUUGAUGUUCAGUUUGUAAAAUUGAAUAUUUUCACUUAUAUUAUUUAUAAUUGCAAGUUCAAUAACUCAUAAUUUUGUUAUGAUCCAUUGCAAAGUCCCACAUCGGUACUACAAAGUAUUGGUGUGGGGUAUUUAUAACCUUGGGCUCUCCCAUCUUAAUAGCUAGCUUUUGGGGUGUGGUUCUCCUAAGGUUGUAAUAGUGGUAUUAAAGCCACCCAUUACCCUUUGCGCCCACUGUGCCUGGGAUGGUGACGUCAGUAUGGCAGUGUUCAGCUGGGGCUAGCAAUGUUUAGCGUACAGCCAUCGAGGCACCUGGGCACCGGACUCAAAAAGGGCUACCUAGGAAAGAGCAGCUACCUACGUAAGUAGAGUGAAAGCUACCCAGAGUGGAGCCGUCGAGGACGACGGAUGCGGAGCGUGGUGGUUUGUUAUGAUCAGGAUGUUGAAAAGAUCAUCCCCAAUGAUGAUAUUUUGAAUGCAUAUAAG